AUGGCAAAUAAUCGCGUCCCGAUCAACUACGUGACACCUGCAUUCCCGUCGCUCUACGAUCCUUUCCCCGGCCGCAGCAAUGUCGCCUACUACCUCUACCAUACCAGGGAUAUCUGGCGGUUCACACUGUACUGGACCUUGAUCUUCUACAUAUGCUGCUAUAUGACUGUUGCUGCCUGUGCACUUGUCAUGCAAGGUCGGAAUUGGAAAUUUUGUUUAGCGGUGCCUGUUGUGUAUGCCGUCACCGGGGGUCUUGAAGCGGUUCUUGCGGGGAGUAUUGUGGGAGGCGUAAUAGGAUCUGUGUACGAAGCGGGGAAUUUUAGGAUGUCUACGUGGAUUCCGAUUAUCUGGGGCGGCGUCAAUCUUCUGGUUCUGAUCCUAUCGAGUUUCCCGAUACCAGGUGGAUUAUGA